AUGACAUACACUCCAUUUUCCAUGACUUCUGUAAAUCUUAGGGUUACCAAUCACAAAGAAGAGCCAUUAUCUCAGAUUUCAUUAUCUUUGAUUACGUUACUGAUUGAGGUUCUUGGUCCCAAUGAAAUCCUCCCACAUCACAAGCGGAAUUACAAUAUGGCGGCCUCCACAAACAUGUGGUGGCUUUAUAUUUGGACUUUUAUAACAAUGGCUUUUGCCAAGCAAAAACCAGUAACAGUGUCACUGGAUGCAAAGUGGUCAUCAACUCCUCUCUUGCUUGAAGCCAGUGAAUAUAUUGCUGGAGAAAGCAGAGAGAAAUUCUGGGAGUUUGUUGAUAGUGUUUCUACAUUAACACCAGAACAGAUUCAGUCAGACACAGCACAAUCAAACUACCAUUUAAUUCAAAAAUAUGCUGGCAAAGUGUUAUCUCCAUUACAUAUAAGAUUGAUGAGAUUUUCUUUGUCGCUGCGAAGUUUCUCUCCAGCUAUAGAAAAUUUUCAACAGAUGUCCAAAGAGGAGCCAGCUCCAGAGGACUGUGAUAUGUUUGUUAGCAUCAAUGGAGAGAAGAUAUGUGACAUCAGCAAGAUUGAUGAUGUCAUCAAAACAGCUGCAAACAAGCCCAAAUCAUCCGUUUACAAGUUUGAUCAUGUGUAUCCUGGGACAGGAAAUAAAAAUAUGGUUGCUGUACUAUAUGGAGAACUUGGAAAGCCAGGCUUUACAGAGUUACAUGAAAAACUCAAAUCUCUGUCCAAGCAGAAUGAAGUUACUUAUGUAUUGAGACAUUUUGUGAAGAAUCCAUCAGAGGAGAGGACACGCCUGUCUGGUUAUGGUGUAGAGUUAGCAAUUAAAAGCACAGAGUACAAAGCAAAGGAUGACACCAAAAUAGAAGGGGAGGGAACCAGCACAGAGGAAGAGGACCAGCUAGAUGAUGUAGUUCAGGGAUUUGACUUUGCAAAACUCAAAGAGCUGUAUCCAGAGCAGAAAGCAGAUUUAAAGAAGCUGAGGAGUCAUUUGGUUGCCUCAUCAUCAGAAUUGGCAGCACUCAAAGUCUGGGAACUCCAAGAUCUGAGUUACCAGACAGCUCAGAAAGUCCUGAGUGCAGACAGAGACGACCAGAUUACACUGUUACAGGACCUCAGCCAGAAUUUUCCCUCAAAAACAAGAUCUUUGUCAAAAGUUGGUGUGAAGAGUGAAGUCAGAAAUGAAAUUAAUCAGAACAGAAAGAAUUUUGAAGAGCUGAAUAUUGGGACCGGAGAGUCGGCCAUGUUUUUGAAUGGUAUUCCUGUAGAGAUGGAAAUCUAUGACAUAUACACACUCCUGGAUCUGAUGAAGUCAGAGGCCAGAAUUAUGGAGGGACUGUUCUCAAUGGGAUUUAAGGGUGCUGACUUGGAAAAGUUUAUGCGAUUGGACUUUGGAGGAGAUUCAAAGGAGUUUGCUUUGGAUAUUAGACACACAGCUAUACAGUUUUUGAAUGACCUUGAAAAUGACAAGAAGUACAAAAACUGGCCAAGCAGUGUCCAGGAUAUUCUGAGGCCAACCUUCCCGGGAAUGCUGCGACAUGUUGCCAAAAACUUCUUCCACCUGGUAUUUUUUGUGGACCCUACAAGACAAACAGACAUAGAACUCAUCAAAAUGGCUGAAGCCUUCCUUGUUCACAGUGCUCCAAUCAGGCUGAGUGUUGUGUUUGUUGUGAACUUUGACCUGGAAGCAGAUCCUCAUGAAGAUGCUAGCAUUGCAAUCUCCAGAGCAUUUGACUACAUUAGACAGGAACAUGAUUUCCCCAAAGCUCUUUCAUUUGUCACAGAUAUUUAUGAAAAGGCCAAGGGAGAAGAAAUAACAGCCAAGCUGGUUUUAAAAGAAUUCAAAAAGAAGUAUGCUGAUGCAGAUAUGAAGGAAGUGUUUGGCAAAGACUACGAUGAAUACGACAUUCUUAGAAGGGCAGCUAAAGAUUAUGUAGAGAAAUCUGGACUGGGGAAUUUUCCCCAGGUUCUGCUAAAUGGGAAUCCAUUAAAGAAAUCCUUCCUCACAGAGGAUACUUUUGAGGAAGGUGUAGUCUCUCAGAUAAUGGCACAGACCCCUGACAUCCAAAAAGCAGUCUACCAGGGAAAUCUACAUGACUAUAUGAAUGUACUAGAAUACCUUAUGGAAAAGGAACAUGUUCUGCCAAGGUUGAACUCGAGAGUUCUCUCCCCUCCCAAACAAACCCUGGAUUUCACUACAACUGUAGAUGAUAGUCUGAGUCUGGACAGUUUCUAUCAGAAGAGCUCAGGAGAGAUCACAGCAAUCAUGGCUCGAGAUAUGAAAUAUCUCACUAGAAAAGAUGAGGAAAGUUUAUUUCCUGUCACAAUAUGGGUGGUAUGUGAUGUUGAAACUCCUGAAGGUAGAGAACUGCUGUAUUCAGCCAUCAAACAACUGAAACAUUCCUAUGAUAUGAGACUUGGCAUCAUCUUUAACCAUGACUCGGUCCUCAGCAGUGACCUGUCCAUCACAAAGGCUGUGUACACCGCUCUGCAGACCCUGAGUAACAACCAUGCCAAGAGUCUUAUCACCAAACUUAUCAAGGAGGAAAAUGUCGCCGAUCUCAAGUUUGGAGUCAAGAAAAUACAGGAUCUAGAAGUCCAUGGAAUGGAUAUGGAUGCGUACAUGAAGGCUCUAGAGAAGCAAACAACAGACUUCCUGAACCACCAUGGCAUCUUUGUCAGAACGGUUCUUGGUUGGGGUGAAAGUGAUAGAGGACUCAUUGCAAAUGGAAAGGUAUGUGGACCUUUAGAUGAAGCUGAGAGUUUCACUGCGGAGGAUGUGGACUUGCUGUCUAAAGUGGAAUAUCAGAAUGUGGCCAGGAAUAUCAAGACACAGAUGAUGCUGAUGAAAAUUGAUGGCAACAGAGGAAGUGAACUUGUCAUGAAAAUUUCCUCACUCCUCUCAUCAAAAACCUCCAACACAGAGAGAAAGGACUUGUCUGGCUUGAAGGACAUGCAUAGUGCAGUAAAGCUACCUGCCAGUCCAGACUCACCAGCAUACCAAAUUGAGGCUGUUCUUGACCCUGUGUCACAGGAAGCUCAAAAGAUUACACCUAUGAUCAAGGUGCUGAGAGAAGUGGCUAAUGUUGAUGUGAAAAUUUACAUGAACUGUAGAGAUAAAAUUUCUGAGAUGCCUGUAAAAACUUAUUAUCGUUAUGUACUGGAGCCGGACUUGGUCUUUAAGCCUGAUGGAAGUUUGACUUCUGGUCCAGUGGCCAAGUUCACAGAUCUCCCUCAGAAGUCUAUUCUGACCAUGGGGGUCAAUCCUCCAGAGAGCUGGCUCGUGGAGUCUGUGAAAGCCGCCCAUGAUCUGGACAACUUGUUAUUGGAGGAGGUUGAGAGUGGGGUUACUGCAGAAUUUGCUCUUGAAUAUAUCUUAAUAGAAGGCCACUGCUCAGACACUACCUCUGGACAACCACCCCGGGGAUUACAAUUUACUCUGGGCACCAAUGCCUCCAAUCCACUAGUGGACACCAUAGUUAUGGCUAAUCUGGGUUACUUUCAACUCAAGGCCAAUCCAGGGGUUUGGUUUCUGCAGCUUAGAGAAGGGAGGUCCAAAGACAUCUACAACAUAGUUGGACAUGAAAUGACAGAUACACCUGUGGGUUCUGAUGAUGUGGUUGUUGCUAUAAAUAGCUUCAAGAGUAAAAUUAUUCGGGUCAAGGUUGAGAAGAAGAAGGAUAAAAUAAUGGAACAGUUGUUGAAGGAUGAAGAUGAUGAAAAGAGUAUCUGGGACUCUAUAUCUAGUUCAUUUAAACCAAAAGAAGAAACUGAAGGAAAGGUUUUAAAUAUUUUCUCCUUGGCUUCCGGUCACAUGUAUGAGAGACUUAUGAGAAUAAUGAUGUUGAGUGUAUUAAAACAUACAAAAUCCCAAGUGAAAUUCUGGUUUUUGAAGAAUUACCUUUCACCUUCUUUUAAGGAUUUCAUACCAAAAAUGGCAAAAGAGUAUGGUUUUGAAUAUGAACUAGUUCAGUAUAAAUGGCCAAGGUGGUUAAAUCAGCAAAAAGAAAAGCAAAGAGUCAUGUGGGGAUACAAAAUCUUGUUCUUAGAUGUGUUAUUCCCCUUGGAUGUGAAGAAAAUUAUAUUUGUUGAUGCAGAUCAGGUGGUAAGGACCGAUUUACAGGAGUUAAAUGACCUUGACCUUGAGGGUGCUCCUUAUGGAUACACACCAUUCUGUUCCAGCAGGAGGGAAAUGGAUGGAUUCAGAUUUUGGCGAUCAGGAUACUGGGCUAGUCAUUUAGCUGGAAGAGAAUAUCACAUUAGUGCCUUAUAUGUUGUGGAUCUUAAAAAGUUCCGUCGUAUAGCUGCUGGGGAUCGUCUCAGAGGUCAAUAUCAGGGACUUUCUCAAGACCCAAACAGUCUGUCCAACUUGGACCAGGAUCUACCAAAUAACAUGAUCCACCAGGUGGCAAUAAAAUCACUUCCUCAGGAUUGGUUGUGGUGCGAGACAUGGUGCAGUGAUGAGUCGAAGAAGACAGCCAAAACUAUAGAUCUGUGCAAUAAUCCUCUGACAAAAGAACCUAAAUUAAAAGCAGCAUUGCGUAUAUUGCCAGAGUGGAAAGAAUAUGAUUAUGAAGUAAAAGUUUUGUGGGAUAAAGUUUAUAAGACAAACACACGACUGCAAGUAGAAUAUGAACCACCGAAUAUAGACGAAAAGAAAAUAGGUUCUAAAUUACAUUUACACGAUGAGUUAUAACAUUGGUACAGCGUUAGUGAUUUGUAGUCCUCAGUACAGGAGAGAACACAUCUGGACCAAAUUUUAAGUAAUAUAUUAUUGAAGCAGCAACAGUCCUCAUCUUCAUAUCAUCAGAUAUGUCUGGGAUUUAAAACUUUUAAAAUCAUGUAUUUAAAGUAAAAAAUUAGCAUUUGAAAAGCCAAUAAGUAUACUAUCUAUCAUGCUAUUUAUGGGAUAGGGAAGUUAAGGUUCAUUGACCUUCUGAUAAGAGAGAUAACUCUGUGAUUAAUGACUAUAUCAUUCCCUUAAGAAUUUGUGGAGUUAAAAGGACAAUUUUUCUCUCAAUUUUUCUCCACAAGGUAUGCAGAAAUUGUGUGCCUUUCAAUUAAAAUUUAGAUUUUUUUGAAAUUUUUUUUAUUAAAACAAAAUUUUAUAUGAAUGAACAGAGGGGUGAAGAACCUUAAAUAGGCUUAAGUCAUUUAAGAUUUGUCUCCAUGGGAAUUUUGUAUAAAUUGGUUGGUGUUUGUGAUUCCACUUGCAAAUGUUUAAGAGAAUUGAAAAAAAUGUAUGGAAAAAAUAUAUGAGUGAGUGAAAUUUGUAUGAAAAAUGUUGAGGGAUAUGUGUGAAUGAGCUAGAUUGGUGAAUUGUGAAAUAUACACUUCAUGUCUGUUUUCGUCUUGUUAUAGAUAGGAGUUGUUGUCAUUAUUCUUUUUUAUAGUGAUUCAUCAAAAAUUAAAUAUCACUUACAAAAUACAUGUACUGGUAAGUGAAAUUUUGGUUUAUGGUAUAAAAUAAGUUUAUGUUUUGUAUACGGUGCUUUGCAAAAAUUGUGACAUUGUUUCAAACACACACUUCCAUUUUUGUUGGAUAUAGUGAGGUUACUUAUUAAAUAAGAUGUUUUUUUGUUGUGUUUUUUUUUUCUAUACUGCAUAUUUGUCAAAAAUGUUUAAUGAUGUGGAUUUGAGUUCUAGAUGUGUGUGUGAAUUAUAGUAUAUAAAUUUCCAGCAACAGUGAAUAUUUUUUAAAUAUGUGAUGCAUUUUGAGGGACUGUCAGUUUUUCAUGAUGUAUUUGAAACAAUUAAGAAAUCUGAACCCCCCUUGCCAAAUACCUCGUCAUUCAUUAUUCUGAAAUCAAAUAAUGCUUUUGGCAUUUGAGUACAUUUUUUAUUUGGUUAUGUGUCAGUAUACUUAAAAGAAGAUGGGCGAACAAGCCAAGAAAAAUGCCUUUGGUUCGACAAAUAAGAAAGUGAAAAAUUAAAUCUCAUAUAACAUAUUUUUCUUUGAUAUUUCAGUAACAUUAAUGUAUACUUUAUGUAAAAUCUCCAACCCUCACGACAAUCUCACAAGUGUUCAAGCUGUUUGUCUAAGAAAUAGCAUGCCCACACCAAAGAGGGCAAAAGGUAUCAUUUCUUUGUACAAUAACAUAAUUUUUCUACAUGUAUAUAAGUGGGUCUUCAUUCUGUUUUGGUUUUAAAAGUGUAUCCUCAAUAUGUGUUUCAAAAUACAUUUUUUGCUGAACAAAAACUUCAAACAAGUCAGUUUUAUCAAGGGUCAUAUUACAAGCAAGAUUUAAAUGCCACUUACUGUUAUGAAUUGUGCGUUGUAGUGCUUAGUGUGUCAGUCUCAAAGAAAAAGUGAUACUGGUAUCCAAGAUUUUUAUCACUUUGGUUCAAAUCCCAAGAAAUCAUUAUUAUUUUUUUUUUUACCAUAGAAUAAUUUUUGCAGAGAGAAUUUUUCUGCAGAAAAGUUUUCUUUGUCAUAAUUUCAUACCUUUCAAAAAUUAGAACUUUGUUCUAAAUAGUUCACAAAUUGAAUUUUAUUUUUACAUAUUUGAAGCUAUAGGCAUUUUGCAUGCCUUGUAUGCCUAUCUUUUUGAUUGAAUUUGAAGUUUUCAUAUCAUGAUGAUAAUGCAGGUACACAUAUUUUAAUUGAGCCAACUUAUGUAAUGAGUACUUCAUAAUUAUCAUAGAUCGGAUGCAGAGUACACAGUACUUAGAUAAUUAAUGCCAUAAUAAUGAUUAUUGGAGUUCAAUGAUUGAAUGAUAUCCACUAGAAGUUUGUUUUCAUCAUUAAUCCCAUAACCCAAUUUCUCUGAAUGAAAAAAAAAUCAUUUUUUUUCUCUCAACUAAAAACCAAAAAAUUUUCAUAUAACAUUUAAUAAAUUUUGUAUUUAAAAUUUUGAAAUAGCUUAUAAUUGUUGUUUAACAUUAAACUUCUUUAGUUUUCAUUUCCUCGAAUAUUUCCAUUUUAGGACAUUUUACAGCCAUUGUGUGGACAUUGUUCUGUGUCAUGUUACAAGCAUUGAAAUGUGUAUGUUUUACAUUGUUCACGUUAUGUCUGUGACAGUGUGUAAAGACAGGAUCUUCUGUGAUGACAGUUAAUAAAUAUAUUUUGUAAAUAAACCUAAAGGACUUUGUUCCGUUGAAAUAUCUUUUACCAAAGUCAUAAUAAAUCAGGAAGCUGA